GCAGUGAUUUAUGUAAUCAAUUGGCUCCUGUAAAAUUAUGGGAGCCCUUACAAAUACAGUGGAUGGCUGGGAGCUUCCUAUUACCUACGACCUAUGCCGUCAAGGGAGUACUAAAUAGAGUCUCGACCUUACAUUUCCACCCUCUUUACGAGAUAUUACACAGAAAUUUUGAUUUUCGGUAUCCAUUCUCGCAUUGGCCUAAAGCUUGGCACCCACCUCACCACUCUCCAUCGUCAACAUGGGCCCGGCAGACUCCGCCUGGAAGAAGGGGUCUCUUGACCAUAAAUACUCCCAAAACUUGA